CUUCACAGGCUGAACGAGCGCUGGGUGACGGCGUUAUGCAAUCGGCCGGUGCCCCACUGAAGCCUCAAGCUCUCAGUGUUUUGUGAAUGGGAGCGAGAGGGAGGUGCAGGGGGGAGGAGUUGGACUAGGACCAUCCAGAGCUGACAGACGGGAUCCACGAAACCAGAAAACCUCCACAUUACAGAGCAAAACCUGAGAAUAUACAGGAAACCUGACACUGCAACGUUCUAAUGAAAGAAGAGAAGGAGAUGAUGGACCCGUCUAACGGGCUGAACCGGCCGCUGGAGAUUGUCCCAAACACGGAGGUGAAGAUGAAGGACAGAGGACAGUGGAGCAACAAGCUGGAGUUUGUCCUGUCGGUGGCCGGAGAGAUCAUCGGACUGGGAAACGUGUGGCGCUUCCCGUAUCUCUGCUACAAGAACGGUGGAGGUGCAUUUUUCAUCCCCUACCUGAUCUUCCUCUUCACCUGCGGUAUUCCCGUGUUUUUCCUGGAGAUCUCUCUGGGUCAGUUCACCAGCGAGGGAGGAAUCACAUGCUGGAGGAAGAUCAGCCCGCUGUUUGAAGGCAUUGGUUACGCCACUCAGGUCAUCGUGGCUCUGCUCAACUUCUACUAUAUAAUAGUUCUGGCCUGGGGAAUAUUUUACCUGUCCUUCUCCUUCACCUGGAACCUGCCGUGGGCCUCCUGCAACAACACCUGGAACACAGAUGCUUGUGUGGAAUUCCAAAGACGAAAUGUAUCCAAUGACCAAAGUUACCUUGAUAACGCAACAUCACCUGUCAUUGAGUUUUGGGAACGCAGAGUUCUGCGGAUCUCGUCUGGGAUUGAGGAGAUAGGAACGCUGCACUGGGAUCUGGUUCUCUGUCUGUUGUUGGCCUGGGUUCUCUGCUAUUUCUGCAUCUGGAAAGGCGUCAAAUCCACCGGCAAGGUGGUGUACUUCACUGCGACCUUCCCGUAUUUGAUGCUGUUGAUUUUACUGAUCAGAGGGGUCACACUGCCCGGAGCAUCCCGUGGGAUCCAGUUCUAUCUUUAUCCCGACCUGGGACGGUUAGCCGACCCGCAGGUGUGGAUGGACGCAGGCACGCAGAUCUUCUUCUCAUAUGCUAUAUGUUUAGGUUGCCUUACUGCACUCGGAAGCUACAAUAAAUACAACAACAACUGCUACAGGGAUUCUUUGGCUUUGUGUUUCCUGAACAGCGGAACCAGUUUUGUCGCUGGUUUUGCCAUCUUCUCGAUUCUCGGCUUCAUGUCUUAUGAACAGAACGUCCCAAUUUCAGAAGUGGCCGAGUCUGGUCCUGGUUUGGCGUUCAUUGCAUAUCCGCGGGCAGUGUCCAUGAUGCCCAUCUCUCCGCUGUGGGCCUGUUUCUUUUUCAUCAUGAUUGUACUUCUGGGGUUGGACAGUCAGUUCGUGUGUGUGGAGAGUCUGGUCACGGCUAUGGUGGACAUGUACCCCGCUUUCUUCCGGCAGAAGAACCGCAGAGAGCUGCUCAUCCUCGCCGUGGCCGUCGUGUCCUUCCUCGUGGGACUCAUUAUGCUCACAGAGGGUGGAAUGUAUGUCUUCCAGCUGUUUGAUUACUACGCAGCCAGUGGGAUGUGUUUGCUAUUCGUAGCUAUUUUUGAGACCGUCUGCAUCGCUUGGAUAUACGGUGCUAAUCGGUUUUAUGACAAUAUUGAGGACAUGAUUGGUUACCGUCCCGGCCCGUAUAUUAAAUACUGCUGGCUCUUCUUCACCCCAGCCACAUGUUUUGGUACGUUUGCGUUCUCCCUGAUCAAAUACACUCCUCUGAAGUAUAAUAAUGAGUAUGUGUACCCGUGGUGGGGUUACGCUCUCGGCUGGCUGCUGGCGCUCUCUUCUAUGGUUUGCAUCCCGCUGUGGGUUGUUUCUAAACUGAGCAUGGCCAAAGGUUCACUGAGAGAGCGGAUCCACGAGCUCAUCACGCCCUCACCAGACCUCCCCAAAACCAGACGAGAGCAGGAGAAACUUCAGGCCAUCUUUGCAGCCGACGGCGACACUCUUCGCCAGCGAGGUGGUCCGACCAAAGAUGGGUACUUCCCCGUCAGCGAGAAGGAGUCGCACUGUUAGCUCAGCCGUCCCGUGAUGGACCACUGUAUGUUUCCCUGAGGGUGGUGCUUCUAAACCUUCCCAUGAUACCUCACACAGUACUGGCAGCCAAAUAAGCAUUACGAAAUAAUCCACCUCUCCUCGGUCUGUCUGAGAGGGGAUUUGAAGAGCUUCAUGCUUGUUCUCAUUGACCAGAGCACACAGAAACACAGUUUGUGUCAAUAUUAUAGCAGAAUGUAGUCACUUAUUUUAAAUGUGAUGUUGAGAGAAAGCUUAGGGUUAGCUGGUGCUACUUCUAAUUUAUGUCUUAACUAAGCUUAACUAAGUGCAGACCCGUGCACGCUCAAAUUUCAUUGGAUAAGCAUUACGGGCAGGAUUUUUCAUGCACUGGUCAGUUUUGAGAUUUUGGGCUGUGUGGCUUUCCAUAAUAUGUUUCUGAGUAAUGGAAAGAAAGCAUCUAAAAUACACUUUGAAGUUUUUAUUGCAUUUUAUCUAUUGGCAUCUGAGCAUUUACAUUUUUAAAGACCAUUUUUAAGGCCAUUUUCUCAAAAUGAGAUUUUACUCCACUUACAGUAAGUAGUAUGUACUUACACCAAGCUUAACAGUUUUAGUCAUAUUUAUAUUCUGAGGGUUUUUAUAGAGGGGUUUGUUCACACGUCAUUCGGUUGAUUUUUCUAAAAACAUGGUGACUUUUUUGUUUUCUUUUUUUGUCUAAAUAAAUAUUUUCUGAUAAAAAGAGAAGAAAAAAAAACCCUCUGUAGUAUAUGGACCUGAGUAUAUAGUUGAUUCACCUGGGGUGUCUGGCCUUAAAUUAAAUAUGGUCUGAUUAGCGUGAGUAUUUUUGGUUUCAGUGUGGAUUUUGUGUUAUCUUGUGCUUCUAGGAUAUAUAAAAUUCUGCUCUCAAUAAUAUUGACACAAAAGUUGAACUUCUGCGGACUAAACUUGGCCAAAUAUGAGCAUUUGCGGUAGAUUCAGAAAGAUUGAAGUGAAUCAUCCAAAGCCUCUUGGAUCUUAAAAUGAUGGGGUGAAGGGUUGGAUCUGCAUAAGAAUUGAUAUUAACUAAUAGCACACUCGGAAGUAUUUUUUCAUCAUUUAUUCACCCUCAUGUCAUUCCAAACCUGUAUUUCUUAAGCUUUAUUUCUUCAGUGAAACAUGAAAACACCCCGGUCAGUGUUUUUAUUGUAAGCAAAAGGGCAGUUUGGAUGUCUUAUUUUAAUUUAUCUUAUUUUAUCUUAGAUCCAGGCUGUAAGCAUGUCUUGAACACUGGGUUGAACUUUUUUUGUUUGUUUAUAAUCGGAGAGAUGCUGUUACAAAUUAUUUAAACCGACUACAGAUUUGACGGGAAUAACGAAUAAUAAAGAAGAUAGCAGUACAAGAACAAACAUAAUGUAAGUAAUCAUUUGAACUAUUUCCAAAUAAUUACCAUAUUUGUAGGUCAAAACACAAACACUUACUCUUAAUAUUAUGUCUAAUAUGACUAAGUUACGUUAAAUGGCUUUGUUAAAGUUUCUUGUCUCUCACAUUCAAUUAAGUUACGAAGUAGCAUUUAACUUUAGAUUAAUUAUCUAAACUGCAUAGGUUUUUUUCCAUUCAAAGCGGACGAAUUUGACAAGAAACUAGAAUAUUUUGCAUGAUCGCUGCAUAUUACUUACAUUUCUAUUAUUAAACAGUUCUCACUUAUUAAAUGUUUGCGGCCUUAUAUCUUAUCUCCAGCUUGUGAACCGUUAAAAUGCAAAUGAACCGCUGCGCGUGAAUUCAUGUUCCGCUUCUGUGAACGGUAAGCCCCGCCUUCUUUGAUUUGAUUGGCCAUCGCAAACAUUUUGACGUUGACGAGCGUUGUUAGACCACUGAAGCGGAUAAUCCAUAUAUAUUUUUUUCAAAGUAAAGUAAAUUAUAUAUAUAUAUAUAUAUACGAGUUUGGAAUGACAUGAGUCAUCAAAUAAUAAUUAACCUACUUUUUUAUUAUUAUUAUUAUUAUUAAUUAAUUAUUUUCCCCUUCAAACCCUUUGCCCAGCAGAUAAUAGAGUAGAAAACCAUCAAGUUGAUGUUGGAAAUAGAAUCUGGAGUGUCUUUUAGGACUGUUUCAGUUCAAACAAUCAUUGCAUCUGCUUUCUAAGGAAGCAAAUUAGUUUUUUUUUUUUUUUUUUAAGUAUCCAUGUGGAUGUGCAUCAUAAAUACAGCAAAGCCUGGGGUUUUAUACUCUUAUAAACUAUCUUUAUAAGUUAUAAAUGCCUAUGAAGGUUUUAGACUAAAGCCUAUAGAUCUGAUAGUAUUACAUACAGGAAUCAGGAGGAGUACAAUGGUACUGUUUUGAGCUGAUGUGAAACAAUUUACAGUGUUACACAGUGUCAUUCAUCAUUUUUGUGCACUUGUUUAAGAAUAUUUUAGGAUACUCAAUCAUUGUAUCUCAUGAUUUUGUAUUUUUAUUGUGGAACUUUAUUAAAGCUGCGUACAAUUGUCUUGUAGAAUCUAAUGUUUAACGAAUGUGAAUGAAAUUUUAACAUCUACACAACUCAAUCAGAUUGCAUAUUGAGGACCAAUCAGAUGUAUUUCUUUUUCUUUGUUUUCACUGUUUCAAGAUGUAUAUGAAGUGUUGGAAGUGUCCUGUGAAAGCAGACCACCAGCAGUCUUUGUGUAUAUAACCUGUACAGAACGGUUUGGGUUUUACAACUUUGUAAAUUGAUCCAGAUAUACUGUAUUACUCAUGUAAAAUACAUCAGUAAAAAGAAGCAACUAUUAUG